UCUGAAGAUUUUUCUAUUGUUUAAACAUAAUUUUGUAAUAAAUGCAUUCUUAUUAGGCAAUUAUGGAUGUAUAAAUUAAUUAUUGUAUGUAUAAAAUAAUCAAUUUAAAUUAUCACAGAAUAUUCUGCAUUAUUAAAACUUAUUAAUAUGAUUCGAUUAGGACGUUGAAGACAAUACUAAGCAUAGUAUACUCAUUUUUUUUUAAAUAAAUUACUCUAAUUAAAAUUCAACCUCUUUAAAUAAUGCUUAGUAUUGUGCAUAACUAAGAUUGUAGUCGUGUUAUACGUAGUUGUGAAGGAAAAGCUCGGGUUUUGAUUUAUUUAAAGUGUGGAAAUCGUGUCAGGGAGCUUGCAACCCUCGGAGGCACCGGGCCGAUUUCACUCCGGCGUUCAGUCUACUCUGUACCGUCGAUGGAGACGCAUCGCCGCGGCCGUGCUCCCCCUCAAAAUUAUUACUUUAUUACCAUACAGAACGCGAGUGAGUGUGUGUGAACUUUAUACCAACUUGAGUGUCGGUUACUCCCUUCCCCUACGAACUAGUCAAGGUCAUCCUUCAGCAAUUUGACACCUGUUGUGUUUGUAUACUAUAUGUACGACCUCAACAGAAUAUCGAGUGGCACUAGAAAUGUGUUUCAAUAAGUAUCUCAUAAAGCUGGCGGACUACUUCAGAUUGUACUCUGACACAUCUCGUUAAUACCAGUGUGAAUAUAAAAACAUUCAAAAUGAUCAGCAACACGAAGAUUGUGUUCACCAAACUCCUGCUGUGGUACUUCGUGUCUGGUGCGUGGGGACGGUCGUGGGCGAAUCAUCACGACACAACGACAUCUACCACUCAGACCACGCCAACCACCAGCCCGGCGCCAAAGAACUUCCACAAUGACCCGCUCAUCGUCGAGACUAAGAGCGGCCUCGUCAAAGGUUAUGCGAAAACAGUUAUGGGCCGAGAGGUACACAUUUUCACAGGCAUACCGUUUGCCAAGCCACCUCUAGGACCGUUAAGAUUCCGCAAACCGGUACCCAUCGAUCCAUGGCACGGAGUACUUGAAGCCACAGCGAUGCCAAACAGCUGUUACCAAGAACGGUAUGAAUAUUUCCCUGGGUUCGAAGGGGAAGAAAUGUGGAAUCCAAACACAAACAUAUCAGAGGACUGUCUGUAUCUAAACAUUUGGGUUCCUCAACACUUACGGGUACGCCAUCAUCAAGAUAAACCUCUCGCGGAAAGGCCAAAAGUACCAAUCCUUGUGUGGAUUUACGGCGGAGGCUACAUGAGUGGUACGGCAACACUCGACCUAUAUAAAGCGGACAUAAUGGCUUCUUCCAGUGAUGUUAUAGUAGCAUCCAUGCAGUAUAGAGUUGGUGCGUUUGGAUUUUUAUACUUGAAUAAAUAUUUUUCACCGGGAAGCGAAGAAGCUCCGGGAAAUAUGGGUUUAUGGGAUCAACAGCUUGCGAUUCGUUGGAUAAAGGAUAAUGCUCGUGCUUUUGGUGGGGAUCCUGAGUUGAUAACAUUAUUUGGAGAGUCAGCUGGUGGUGGAAGCGUAAGCCUUCACAUGCUAUCACCAGAGAUGAAGGGCUUGUUCAAAAGAGGUAUUCUGCAAUCAGGGACAUUGAAUGCUCCAUGGAGUUGGAUGACGGGAGAACGGGCACAAGUCAUUGGAACAGUUUUGGUUGAUGAUUGUAAUUGUAACAGUAGUCUCCUAGCUGCGGACCCGAGCUUAGUAAUGGACUGCAUGCGCGGAGUUGAUGCCAAAACUAUAUCAGUACAGCAAUGGAAUUCUUAUACCGGUAUAUUGGGAUUCCCGUCAGCGCCGACAGUCGACGGCGUGUUUUUGCCCAAAGAUCCCGACACAAUGAUGAAGGAAGGCAAUUUUCAUAAUACCGAAGUACUUCUGGGAAGCAAUCAAGACGAAGGAACGUAUUUCUUACUCUACGAUUUUCUCGACUACUUUGAAAAGGAUGGCCCCAGUUUUUUGCAGCGGGAGAAAUUUCUAGAAAUCGUCGAUACUAUAUUCAAGGAUUUCUCAAAAAUUAAAAGGGAGGCCAUUGUGUUUCAAUAUACGGACUGGGAGGAAAUUACCGAUGGAUACCUGAACCAGAAAAUGAUUGCUGAUGUGGUUGGAGACUACUUCUUUGUGUGCCCUACUAACUAUUUUGCUGAAGUGCUGGCUGACUCUGGGGUUGAUGUCUACUACUACUACUUCACGCAUCGCACUAGUACAAGCCUGUGGGGUGAAUGGAUGGGUGUGAUGCACGGUGAUGAGAUGGAGUACGUGUUUGGGCAUCCACUGAACAUGUCUCUUCAGUACCACACCAGGGAACGAGACCUCGCCGCUCAUAUUAUGCAGUCCUUCACCAGAUUUGCUCUGACCGGAAAACCUCAUAAGCCUGAAGAGAAGUGGCCUCUCUACUCGCGGUCGUCCCCGCAUUACUACACGUACACUGCCGAUGGGACCAGUGGUCCCGCUGGCCCCCGUGGUCCCCGAGCCUCGGCCUGCGCUUUCUGGAACGACUUCCUCAACAAGCUCAAUGAAUUGGAGCACAAGCCAUGUGACAGGGCCGUGCCCGGCCCCUACAGCAGCGUGGCUGGUACCACUCUGCCUAUCGUCCUGCUGACGACACUAGCCACUACCGUCGCAUUGUAAAUGCGAAACAUCUACAUAUAUAUAACAUAGAAAAAGUAGAAAAAUAUUUAUACAAAAGUAACAGAAAAACAUACAUAUCAUUGUAUUAAAGUGUUAUACAUCUGAAUCAUUUAAUUUAAUUUCAAAUAAUGAAUUAUUUACAAACAGAAGAAUAUUUAGAUGAAUAAAGUAGCAUUUGAAAUUUAAUACAUAUCGGCUACUAAGUACUAGAAUUAAUUGUUGUAUUAAUUAAAUAAUUUAUUGAUCUUGUCAAGAUUUGUGUUGUGUGGGGCGCAUGUGGCCAAAAAUCGGCAAAGGAGAGGAUAUGGGAAGGCAUUUAUCAGUUGAGAGUAGUGGGAUCUUAUAUAAACUAUGACAAGAGAAAGUAAAUAAUAAAUAAUAUUAUAAUUAUAAUGAUUAUUUAUCACAAUCUCGAUCUGACGUGUGUGGAACGUAGAAAAAAUGAGUUGGACGAUGCAAAGGAGCGUUAUUAAAGAACUUUUUAAAGUGAAUUCGUUCAGUGAAGUGAUACGUCAAGGAAAAUAGGACUGUAACAUUAUAUAUGUAAAAUUUAUUUUUCUGUAUCAUAAUAAUAUCGUAGAACAAGUAUGUUGGAUGUUAAUUUAGUUUACGAUGUUCCUGUAACUAGUUGUUUCGUAUGUUUGAUGUUUCACGUAUUUAGUUAUGUGUAUCAUGUGAAAUGGAGAUAUUAAUGUCGACGGAUGCGUAUUAUACUUAGACAAGACAUUUGUACGUCGGCUUUCAUUGUUAAAGCGAUGCUUUCAGACACGACAGUUUGAUAAAUCACUAUACAUAUCAAAGUGUGCCUCUGCUUAAAUAGCAAAUGACAUAUCUUAUUCGUAGCAAAAAUUUUACGAUUUUAUAUAAUAAUGGUAAUAAAAUAUAGAAGUCAAGUGUAUACUGUGAGAUGAAUUUUUAUCAAUAUAUUUACUACUAUUGUAUUUAGGACGCUAAUUCGUACCACUUGUGGAUCUUAUGAACUCCAAAUUCUUAUGACUUCGGACAGAUGAAAGUAUAUUUUGUGAAUAGUCCCUUCUUAAGUGUAGAUGCGAUAUUCUGAAGCUGAUUAGACUUAUCUAUGUAACUUGUAUUUAUAGGCGAAGCACAACAAACCGUAUUAGUACAACUAAGUCACACGAUUCUGAACUAUAUUCAUAUUGUUAAUAGCGAUUAUUUUUCUUUGAAUAAAUCUACACCACUAUUUUGAAUCUUAACCUAUUUGAUAUAUCUACAUAUGUAUGUAUGUGACAAAAUUAUAUACAGGAAUAUAUACGUCUUCACAGAAACAGUGAAUUCCGAAUCAGUACGUAAUUCGUAGCUUAAUAAUGCUUUAAGUGAAAAAUUAUCUUAUGAACUUAGUAACAAUUUUUAUACUUUAUCAUAAUAUUUUGUACUAAAGAAACGUUAGCGGUAAUAAAUAUUUAUACCUA